AUGGAAAGUAUGGUAAACUACCAUCUGGCUAAAUAUUUGGAGUCCAACAAUUUACUUAACGACCGUCAGUAUGGCUUUCGUAGAAGACGCUCUACGGGAGACUUGCUAGCCUUCCUAUCGGAAAAUUGGUAUCGUUCCAUUCACCGUUUUGGCGAAAGUAAAUUGGUGUCGUGGUUUACUGAAUUUCAUUGUGGCCGUACAAGCACGGAAGAUGCCAAACGUUCUGGACGCUCAGUUGAGGUUUCUACACCGGACAAACAUUUAAAAAUUCACGAUAUGGUGUUGGCCGAUCAGAAAUUGAAAGUGCGACAGAUUGUGGAAGCCAUAAACACCUCACAUGCCUCAGUGGUUUAA